AGAGCAUGAUCUUGUCCCGACGAUCACAAAUCUUAGUUUUCUAUUUUGAGAUCACUGAUUAUUGCAGCAUACCAUGUUCAAGUACUUGUGGAAACGAUCGAGCAAGACGAAUGAGGAGGCUCGGGACAAGCAAGAUGCUCCUCCUGUUGAUGCCAUUACCGUGUGCACCAACAGCAGCAGAAACAGCAAAAGCAGCCGAAGCAGCAAAAAGUCGAGGGGCAAAACCAAGAGCAAGACUAAGCAAGAUGCCCCCACCCCCACAGCUGGAGGCAAGACGCCCAAUGAACUAGCAGUGGAACGCUUCUUUGUCACGAUGAAUGCCCACGCACCCAUGGAAGACCUCAUUGCAUAUUUCACAUCCAGUGAUGCUCCAAUCAAGUUUGAUGACAGCAAGGCCAUGAAUGCUACCAUUUUGGCUACAGAAAUACAGAAAGUGUACGCGGGAUUUGAGGAUGCUACUUGGAACUGUGGGUCUAUCAAAGAAGUCAAGCCCAAUGUCGUUCUUCUCGAUGAGCUCUGCGUCACGGGAACACACACAGGUCCCUACCAGUUUGCCAACUUUCCUCCCGUGGAAGCUACCCACAAGAGCAUUGUGUUGGAUCCCGAGUGCUGCUGGUUUUAUAUGAAGGAUGGUAAAUUCCAAAGCGAGGACAUUAUCGCUCUGGGCAGCCUUACUGGGCCCCCUGGUAUGUAUAUCUCUGUCGGAGGAAAGAUGGAUAGUACGCCACCUGGAGAAUAAAGUGGAUGUUUGGUGCCGUCACCACUGGAGGAUGCGUGCUGUGUUGCUG